CGUCACGGCUGCCAACAACGAUGCACAAAUGAGUUGAAACGAAUGCCCACGUCCUAAUUGAAGCUUGGCGCUGGUUGGCUGAGCCGCUGAGGUUUGCAGAGGGUAAGCUUAUGACACAGGAGAAGGAUGAUCUAAGGGGUCGAGGAAUUCAGAGGUUAGACUAGGACUAGCCUGACCAGUAUGGCCAACUUGGCUUCGACAUACCGGAACCAGGGCUGCUAUAAUGAGAGCCUGGAACUAGUGGUUACAUGUGUCUAUUUGCGGGAGAAAGUACUUGGCAUAGGCCACCCUUAUACUGUCUCUUCUCUCACAACAUUAGGUACGUGGCAGGCAGAGCAAGCAACAGUGUGUCAAAUAAUUUAAUUAAUUAUAAUUAUUGGCCGGU